UCUUUUGCUUUACGUCGUCGUUGUUUAUCAUUUAAGGUCCCUUAUUAUGCUAAAUGUUUCACAAUCUCAUUUCUCAAAGACAAACAGGUAAAAUAACAAUAACAAUUACAAGUAUAAUUGAAAUUCCAACUACAAAUUACAAUUAAAAUUGCAGACAUUACAAUUACUAUUUAAAUUACAAUUACAAUUAUAAUUACCAUUUACAUUACAAUGACAAUUAAAAUAAAAAGUAUAAUUAAAAUUACUUUCCAACUUACAAUUCCAAUUACAACUAAAUUACGCGGUCAUAAUUGCAUUUAAAAAUUACAAUGACAUGUCAAAUUACAGUUAAAAUUACCAUUCCAAGUACAAUUACAAAAAAUAUUACAAUUGUAAUUGCAACUAAAAUUACAAUUACAUUGAUGUAACCCAGUGAAAAAACGGUGUACUGCGCUGUUUAAGGUGACACCGCUAGAGGUCAGUGUGCUGUUUGUGAUGGGUUUGUGGGCGGUUGGAUGAACAGAAGAAGUGACGGUUGGACGACAGCCAAGUAGAAGCUACUGCGUGUGUAUGAAUCAGUCUCUAAUUCCAAAAGGUAAAUAUUCUAAAUAUUAUUAAUUCUUCUGAGUUCCAGAGAUUGUGAUGACAGAGUUCUAGAAAGAACAGAUCGUCCACUAAGAGCGCAGCAGUGUGGGGAUGUCAACAAGGAGGAGGAAGAGGAGGAGAAAGAGGAGGAGUCCCUCCAUGAAGUAGAAGGUUGCAGUGGUCCUGUUCUGGCAAAAAAAAGAAGAUGUCUGUGGAGCUCCUCCCUGCGAGUCCUCCGAGUGGGAACAAUGGGUCUCUUCAAGCCACCAAAGUGGGAGGAAGUAAACCUCUACAUCGCUUCAUGAAGGCUCAACCUCAGAGUGUUGGAGUGAGAUAUCACACAGCCAAAGCUGAUCACAAUCAUUGAUUAUUUGUAUAAGUUCACAAUAUCACCUGCUUUAUUGCUUCACUGUUGCCUUCACAUGUAAAUUGCAGGUUGUUGUUCUGGUUUUGGGCGUAUCUUUCUUUAUUACAUCCAUUAUUAUGGCAGUAGAUAAUCCUGCUAACCAAUUAUGGAGGCUUUCCCCACUGGGGUACAUCAUUGGAAUACAGUUCAUCUUAUGUGGCAUUCUGUAUAUUAUCACCGAGCACAACCCAACCAAGAAAACUGUGACAGCAUCCCUGGCUCUUGGCAUUGUGGCCAUCGUGGGUGCUUUCUGGAUGAUAUUUAUUCUUCUCACCAAUAUAGAACACCACUAUUAUCAUAGAGACUUUGACUACUUUGAGUUCGACAACAUGACUCUCAUCGAGGAAGACACAUGGCGGUCACAGGCUGUGGUCCUUGGGUUGGCAACAGAAGCCAUCUUUGUGUUCUAUGCUAUUGUUGGCACUAUUAUUUUAUUGGUGAUGUCAGUGCUGGCUGGAGCUGCUCUGCGUUCUACCAAGAGUCAGGCCACUGUGGUGAUGUCUACAACAACCACUGAAACGCCUGCUCACUGACAUCGUGAAGAGUCCAUCUUUGUUGUACUCUCACCCACUCGUCAGCCGGGGUAGGCUCCAGCUCACCCGGGACCCUGAAGAGGAUCAGCGGUGGAAAAUGAAUGAAUGUUUAACAUGCGUCAUAGUUUUGGGAUGGACUCAUCACUGAGGUCACAUUGAUAGCACAUGUUAGAGGAAGUGCUAAAUACCUCUGUGUACACAGGACAUUUUUUGCCUGUUUGUUUAUAUAAUAUCCUAUAAUAACCUGUUUAAGCCAUUUGUUCUCUGACAAGGUCAGAUGAAAUCCUAUCUAAAGGUUAAGUACUGCUAAAUACUGCUUCCUUUUGGCAUAUAAACAUGAUAUAUACUUUGUAUGCUGUAUAGGAACACUACUUUUGGUAUAACACUGUUUCAUAAUAAACAAUGGAAAUUCA